CUCAAUAUAUAAGAGAAAAAGAUUGAAAAGGGAUUAUGUAUUACUCUACAAUGUUAUCUUCACAAAUUUGCAUUCCACGUGCAACUGUUUUACAAUCUAGAAAGAAUUGGGACAGUUCAAAGUCCAACAAUGACUGGAAACCUGGUAUUGACCAGAUAUCAAUGCAUGAGACCGAACACAUCAGGAAGUAUCCCGAUGCAAAACUUAUACGGCUUGGUAUUGGUGACACUACAGAACCCAUUCCUGAAAUCAUUACAUCCGCAAUGGCUGAGCAUGCACUUGCUCUAUCAACAGUUCAAGGUUACAAAGGGUAUGGACCUGAGCAAGGCAACAUGGCAUUAAGAACGGCAAUUGCAGAAAAGCUUUACAAAGAUACGGGCAUAAAAGGUGAAGAAAUAUUUGUAUCUGAUGGUGCACAGUGUGAUAUUUCUCGCCUGCAGAUGCUUCUCGGACCCAGUGUAACAGUCACUGUUCAGAACCCAACUUUUCCGGCAUAUUUAGAUUCUAGCGUCAUUGUUGGUCAAGCUGGCGAGUUCCAACAAGAAAUUGGGAAGUACAGGAAAAUUGCAUACAUGAAAUGUGGACCUGAGAAUAAUUUUUUCCCCGAUUUAUCUACCACUCCGAGAACAGAUAUCAUUUUCUUUUGUUCUCCAAACAAUCCAACUGGCCAUGCUGCAUCUUGGCAGCAAUUAAAACAACUAAUCGAGUUUGCAAAGGCAAAUGGGUCAAUAAUAAUUUAUGAUUCCGCAUAUUCUGCUUACAUAACAGAUUCAAGCCCAAGAUCAAUCUUUGAAAUUCCUGGAGCCAAAGAGGUUGCAAUCGAAAUUUCGUCCUUCUCGAAAUUUGCGGGGUUCACAGGUGUUCGCCUGGGUUGGACUGUGGUCCCUGAAGAGCUUUGUUACUCUAAUGGAUAUCCAGUCAUUAAUGACUUUGACCGCAUUGUGUGCACUUGCUUUAAUGGUGCUUCAAAUAUUUCACAGACUGGAGGGCUAGCAUGCCUUUCUUCAGACGGCUACCAGGCUUUGAGGAACGUAGUUGACUACUACAAAGACAAUGCCAAGAUAAUCGUUGAUGCAUUUCAAUCACUGGGUUUGAAGGUUUACGGUGGGAAGAACGGCCCUUACGCUUGGGUGCACUUUCCAGGCAGGAAUUCUUGGGAAGUAUUCACAGAAAUUCUCGAGAAAACACACAUAGUCACUGUUCCAGGGAGCGGGUUUGGUCCUGGCGGCGAAGAAUAUAUCAGAAUCAGUUCCUUUGGGCAUAAACAAAGUAUACUAGAAGCUUCCAGGAGGCUCAAAAAUUUUUAUAAAUGACCUAAAGUUAGACGUUGAUGUAAGCGCAUGACCCAGGUCGUACUUUCGUAUGCUUCACGCAACGAACAUAUUCCUGGUGAAAUGCUCCAAUAUAAUCAAGUGAUGCUCCCCGUACCAUAAUAAAGACAAUAAGUAAGGGCUAUUCUUACAGUUGCCUAAUUAACCA